AUGGCGAGUGAAGGGGCUCAGGAUAGUCGAGGAAGGAAGACCAGAGUACGUACUCCAGGGAGGCAACAGCUCCUGACACUGGAACAGAAAUGUGAUGUCGCCCAGAGCGUGCAUAAACAGAUGAUCAAUGAUCUGAAGAGACUACAAGACAGUUCAGAAAGAACACUGGACAGUUACAAGGCAACUCUGGAGGAAGCUGAUAUCCACUUGGCAGAGGUUAAAAAAAGAAUGAAUUUUGAUUGUGACAUUGGUAAAGCACUGCGGCACAAGACAAGUGUGACGAUGAGCGCUCAGAAGGUCAUCAGAUACAUUGAGGGCAGGAUAAGAGCCAAGGACAACCUGACUGAGAAGUUGCAUCGGAAGAAUGCUGCACUCCUCGCACAAAAGAGAAAAUUGCAGCUUCAGCUAAAACAACAGGAGGAGAUGGCUGAGGGGUUGACAGCAUUGGACUCUGACCACCUCAAGACUGAGAACAUAAAAUCUCAAAAACACAUGGAUGAACAAAACCACAAACAUCUAGAUCUCAAACUGCUUGCAGGGAAAACCUUGCAGGCCUUGAACUCUAAGAAGGAGAAGCUUCCUACCUUGACAAACAAUUCAGAUGUUCUGAGCAGUGACGUUAAUUUACAUAUGAAGUUACUAGUUAAGAUUGAGGAGGAGACCAAGCUAGCAGAGGAGGAGCGCAGCAAAGCAGAGGCUCUGAACAGGAAGUUGAGGGGCCAGUUGGCCGACUUUCACGUACCACAUGUUCUACAGUAUAUCCAAGUUAAAGACUCCCACAGCCAGUUGGAGAAGAAUGUAAGAGCAUGGGAACGCAAGGUGGAGAUUGCUGAGAUGGCAUUAAAAACACACACUAAAGCCUGGGACAAGCUUCGCGUUGCUGCUGGAGCUGGACCAGCAUGUGCACCACAAGCAGCGCUGGAUGCAGAAUUGUGUGGGCUUUGACACCAAAAAGCUAUUGUGAAAGUCAAUAUUAUAUUCUCAAUGCCAACUAUCACAUCUUUUUAUCAAAAGAUGCCCAUUCUAUCUUGCA